CACAACUGUUUAUUCCUUGGUUUGUUUGCUAUAAUUUAUUUUAAGAUAUUUUAAAUCUUCUGUUUUUAUUCAUUGUAUUGGUUCGGAAUUCAUUGCUCAAAAUGGUUCUGAAAAGAACCAAAGGAUAUCAAGACAUAGAUGAAAAUCCAGGCUCACUCACACCACAUAAUGGUGUUGAACUAGAUGAAAAUAAUACUGUUAUGCCUCAAGAAAUAGAAAUGGCAUCUGUAUCAGUAGUACCCGAUGAUACUUUCACAGUAACCCAAGCAGUGAAUGCAUUAGGCUUUGGCUGGUUUCAAGUGAAGCUUUCUCUAUCAACAGGCCUCUGUUGGAUGGCAGAUUCAAUGGAAAUGACAAUACUUUCCAUUUUAUCACCUGCAUUACACUGUGAUUGGCAUAUAUCUAGAUAUCAACAAGCAUUGACAACUACAAUCGUCUUUCUUGGAAUGAUGUUAUCAUCAACUUUCUGGGGCAACCUCAGUGAUAGAUAUGGAAGAAAACAUGCGUUGACAUUAUGCGCUAUGCUAUUAUUCUACUAUGGGCUACUAAGUUCAGUAGCUCCUAGCUUCAUGUGGAUUUUGCUACUGAGAGGCUUGGUUGGGUUUGCUAUAGGGUGCACCCCUCAGUCUGUGACAUUGUACGCCGAAUUUUUACCCACCAAACAAAGAGCUAAAUGUGUUGUCUUGUUGGAUUGUUUUUGGGCACUUGGAGCAUGUUUUGAAGUAGCCUUAGCACUGGUUGUGAUGCCCACAUUAGGAUGGCACUGGUUGUUGGCACUUUCCACUGGACCGUUGCUUGCAUUUGCUCUCAUAUGCCCUUGGUUACCAGAAUCAGCGAGAUAUCACGUGGCAAGUGGACAGACAGAAAAGGCGUUGGAAACAUUGGAGAAAAUAGCAAAAGACAAUGGGAAGCCGAUGUUACUUGGAAGACUUGUCGUUGAUGAUGCUAUUUCAGCACCACCACAUCGAGGGAGAUUCAAGGACCUAUUAGUACCAUCCUUAAGAAGAACAUCAUUGCUUUUGUGGUUUAUAUGGAUGGCUUGUGCCUUUUGCUACUAUGGCCUGGUGCUUAUGACUACAGAAUUAUUUGAGACAUCAUCUGUUGUCUGCUCGAAAAAUCCGAUAAUUCUUCAAAACGUGGACACCUGUGCGGCAGACUGUAAACAGUUACAGACUACUGACUAUAUGGAUUUAUUGUGGACCACCUUAGCUGAAUUCCCAGGAAUAUUUUUCACCAUAGCAAUUAUUGAAAAAUUUGGAAGAAAGAAAACCAUGGCAGUGGAGUUCAUUGCUUUUGCUGUUUGUUGUUGCUUUUUGGUUGUCUGCACUGAAAAGCGCGCAUUUUUAACCAUAAUGCUAUUUUUUGCAAGAGGUAUAAUAGCGGGCGUAUUUCAAGCAGCUUACGUCUACACACCCGAAGUGUAUCCAACGUCUCUUAGGGCAGUUGGAGUUGGUUCUUGCAGUGCUAUGGCUCGUCUUGGUGCUAUGGUUACACCGUAUGUAGCUCAGGUCUUGCUGAAGACUUCAAUAAGUUUCUCGACAAGCAUAUAUGCCGUAGCAGCGAUAUUAGCUGCAGUAGGCUGCCUGAUAUUACCGAUAGAAACGACAGGCAAGGAAUUGCAAGAAAAUGUCAGUUCUACACAAGGACCCGGAAGUUCUGCUGUUAGGAAUAAGUAGGAUAAACGGUGACUAAAAAAAAGCAAAGGUAUCAAACUAAUAAUAUUUCACACACCGCAGCCAUUUUGGCGAGGCACAUAGAAUGAAAGCGCUGUAUUGAAUCUAGAAAAAUGAAAAAAAAACAACUCAUUGCAUAUGUUUAUAGGGGAAUAAAUACGAAGGGGCUAUUAAAGAUAUUGAUUUUUGUACGCGCUGACAGAAUACAUCCGUUCAUCUCUAUCCAGCCGUGCAACUCACGCUUGUCAGAGACGAGCAGAUACAGGGUGCGCCAUCUUUUAUGUCGUGUAAGCAUUGCAUAACUUUGCAAAAAAAAAUCUAAUUUCUGUAUUGAAUUCACAAUUUAUUGGGACUAGUUUUCGAAUACAAUAUUGGCCAAUACUUUUUCGAGCAUCUCGAGUGAUAUAGCGGUGAAUGUGGUGCAAAUAUUUGGGUUAGUUCUUCGAUGCUCUUAGGCUUGCUGGCGUAUACUCGGCUUUUUAAAUAACCCUCUAAAAGAAGUCCGCACGGAUUUUAUGUAAAAAACCUAGAAAACGUCAAAAAGAACUAUAAAUGUCAUUUUGCAGACUAGGAAGCUUUAAAGGUGCAAACAGUCAUUCCACAUUUGCUCACUAGGAUCGUUGUGAGCGUCCAUCUAUGAACGAAUAGCUUAACUACACGCAUUGUUGAAUGCAUAUUCUUUGCAAAGCCGUGUAAUCUAUAAGAAUAAAGUUGGUUGAAUAGCAAGAUCGCAUCUGGAUGAUUAUGUGUAUUGGUCUGCCUGUGUAUAAAAUCAGGAUAUUUGGUGUGUGGCUGCGCUUGUUGUUUGAUGUAGUCCCUUAGGUAAGGGAUGUCAAGGUCUUGUGAAGGGUCUCGUUGGAAACAUACCAUGGUGCGUUAGUGAUUGUACGCAAGGUUCUGUUCUGCAAAACCUGCAGGCUACGCAAAUGCGUUUUGGCGAGAAAACACCAAGCCGCACUUGCGUAAGUGAUCGCUGGUCUAAUAACCAUCUUGUAUAGCCGAACUUUGUUGAGCGAACUUAAUUUUGAUGUUCUACAUAGCAUAGGGUAGAGUUGCCGAAACGAGAUUUGGAAUUUAGUUUUUAACGGUUCAGUGUGCUUCUGCCAGGGUAUCCCCUUGUCAAGAGUGACACCGAGAUACUUAGCAGAGCCUUCCCAUGGUACCCGAGCUCCAUUCACUGAAACCUCAGACGGGACGCCGCUACGUUUUUUAGUACAAUAGAUUGCCUGCGUUUUCGAAUGAUUAAUUUUGAUCAGCCACCCAUUCGCCCAUUCCAAUACCUCGUCCACUGCACUUUGCAGCCUGUCGUGAACUAGAUCCCCAGAGCACGAUUGGGUCACCAGGGCAGUGUCCUCAGCAUAGAAAUAGAUUUCACAACUGCUGGGGCAAGAGACGUCAUGAAUAAAAAGUGAAUAAAGGACUGGUCCAAGAACCGAACCCUGAGGGACACCGGCUUUGAUGGGCCGUGUUGUCGAAAGAACGUUAUUAAUUUUGAUCCGAAAUUUCCUACCCUCGAGAAAGGAUUUCAAAAGUCUUAGGAGCCAGAAGUGGAAGCCCUUAUGGAUUAAUUUGUAGAGAAGGCCCUUGUGCCACACCUUUUCAAAUGCCUUUGAGACAUCCAGAAUCAAUAUGCCAGUACUUUCGUUACGGGUGAACCUGGUUACUCGUUCAACAAGCCUUAUGGCCUGUAGCUCCGUACUAUGCUCAGACCGAAAGCCAAAUUGCACGCCAGGAAUUACAUUGUGGUCUGCCGAGAAAUUUUCAAAGUAGACGUAGAAUCAGCUUUUCAGCGAGUUUAUAAGGAGCUGACAGUAGACUAAUGGGGCGGUAAUCCUGGGGGAAUAUCGAACCCACCUUCUUUGGAAUCAUUAUGACAUCAGCGGUCGUCCUUAGCAUGGCAUUGAUUAUUGCCACGAGAUAAGUUAAGGACUUCCGCGAAAGUAGCUUCAGCGCCUUAUUAGUGAUUCGAUCCUCUCCAGGUGCUUUACGCACCUUGAGGUCUUUAAAUUGACCUUGGAGCUCUGCUGGUGUGCAAUGCGGAGUCUCAGGAGAUUCCGCUGAGAUAACUGAAGCCUAAUGAUGUUUAGGCAACACGUACAACUACAAAACGAGUUCACAAAGUGUCUAUGAGCUAAUGCUAAGUUAACAUCUUAUAGAAACACCUACAUGUCACAAAAAACCAAUACAAUGUCAAAAAAAAAACGGCAUAAUGUCACUUUUCAAGAUACCCAUGCGAGAGGGGUCAAAUCUGGAGAUCCGGGUGGCCACUCAUUGUCGCCUCUUUUUAACAUCAGACGUCCAGGGAAUUUUUGUUGCAGAAACUGGAUUGUGUGCUCUGCAGUGUGGCAUGGCACAUCGUCUGGUUGAACCCAAUAAUCAUCAAGACCUUCGGUGGCGAUAGGAUACUUUUGGGCUAUGGGCGCUUUCUCUGACCGCCUCAACCAGUUCAUUGGAACGUUGUGGUCGUUGAUGAGCGAUACCUUGACGAUCUCCCACGGUACCGUACUCAACAAAAUUCGAAACCAAACGACGGAUAGUGUUGUCAGACGGUGCCUGUUAGCCACGAUAUUUACGACGGAAUGCCCGUUGCGUUAACACAACUGAACGACGAUUUUCAAUGUACAUUGUGACUAUUGCGGCGCGUUGUUUCGGUGUAAAGCGAUUCAUGACUAAAAUUGUAGUCAAUUGACGUUUCAGAAACACGUAUAACCAAAUCAAACGGUUGGUAAACGUCAAAGUUAUUGCAUGUUUACAUACCGACAUAAAAGCUAGCGCACCCUAAAUAUUCUGACAGCGCGUAGCUGAGCGAGUUUGAGUGCACUCAGUGACGCAUAGCGUUUGUUACGUGGAAGUAUUGAUCUGUGAAAAAACUGCUCGAAUUACUUUAAGGCUGGCUCUGUAGCCUGAUCUGUUAGUGAGUGACUUAAACUGGAGUCAAGUGUAGCUAUAAUCAGUUUUGGCAAACACAAAUACAUAAACCCUUUUUUUGAGAUUUGUUACACGUGAAUAGUUGGCUUAACAUUGAAGUUAACGUUUGCAUAUGAUGUAUUUGUAAUUACCAAAACUCUAACAUGUUGAAAUAAAUAUGUACGAGUAUAAAAUAAAUAAGACCUUUUUUAUAAAUUGCAUAUAAUUAUAAAUGGUUAUCAUUUCGAUUUAUAAGACUGUGUAUUCGAUCAAGCUUUUAGUCUCAGAUCAUUUUUGUACCACCAUUAGUCCAAAACCAUUUAGUCACGUGUGAUAAGUACCAUUAGGUUUUAUAUAUAUUUUAUAUUUUUAUACAUUUUUACUAUUUAUUAUAGCAUAAGUAUCAAAACAUGCAAUCUCAAACUCCCACAAAAGAUUUUACAAAUACUUAUAUACAAGUUGGUGUUUUUUUUAAACAUUCUAAUCACUAAUAUUAUGAAUUAAAUAUGUUAUAAAACCUUUAUAUAGGUAAUCUCUUUUAUAGCAAUUCUUAGGAAAGGACUAGCUUCUAACGCCAGGCGCGCACAUGCGAUUUUCGGUUGGACGAUUGAAAAAUCAUGAUCGGUGAAAAAUGCAUUUACAAUUUUUUGGGCGCGCACUUGCGAUGAAUUAGUCGAUACCACAUUUUAAAACAAGUGACAGGGCAGCAAAUUAUCUGACCGAGUCAGUCUACUUGCUUUAUAAAAAGAAAAGAUUUAUUUUCGAUUAUCAAAAUACAAUUCUAUUGAUGUAUAUAGUAUGAGCGCUAACAACAGACUAACUAACUGUGAAUACAAUAAAAUAAGACUGGAUAAGGCAAAGUGCUGAUCCAGGGAAACUCGAUCCUAUUCUUUAGUGGUAGGAGUACAUCUUCUGUACUAUAACGAGUGCGAUUUACACCGCACAACUACCUGCAAAACCGAUGCCAGUGGCGUGUAGGUUUUAACAUUAAUUGAGGUACCAUUUAUUUUCACUGUUUCUUCUGUCUUUUCAUUACUUUCAAGGUGCUAUAAGGUUUAUUACAUUGAUAUAUUAAAUAUGGUGCCCCAGUUUAUGAUUCGUUAACUUUACAUACUUUUUAUAUUAGAAAAAUAAUUUUAAUACAUGGGAAAAAUAAAGAAAAGGGCU